AGAAAAAAAGAAAAAAAAUUAAAACUUGCGCUUACUUGCCAAACAUUCCCUCCAGUCAAAACAAAUAAACACAACGGUCACCUUUUUCAAAAAGCAAAUAUACCAUUUGCAGAGUAAAAACAUUAUUUUAUUUUUCUUCCUUCUUCUUCUUUUCAUAGUUGCCCAAAAAAAAAAAAAUUAGUUGCAGAAAAAUCCAAGAACCGGAUUCGAUGGUGAAGGAUUUGUCGAAAACGGGUAAAAAAAUUCGCCCCGCCAAAAAGUUAAUCCAAUUUUAUCUCUGCAGCAGAAAUCUCAAAUACCGAAAGCUGCCGGAGCCGCUCCUCAAACUCUCUGUUCUUAAAUUGGACGGAUCUUCUUUCAGUUUCCACGUGGCAAGAAAUGCUACUGUGUCUAGGCUUAAAUUAGCCAUUGAGGAAGAAUUUAGCCUUUACCCAAACGAUGAAAGAAAAAAAACAUGGCCGCUUGUGUGGAGCCACUUUUGUUUAUGUUACGAAGGUCAAAAGCUAAUCAGCGAAAAAGCUUGCAUUCGAAAAUACGGAAUCAAAGAUGGUGAUCAGCUUCACUUCAUCCAGCAUUUGAGAAUCGACCUUGCAUCGACUCCACACCAAUCCGAGGAUAUUCAGAGUAUCGACUCGAAACAGUGUUUAGCGACGAAUGUUACUAGUGAAGAUGAAUACGAGGAGGAGCGAAAGUACUUAAAUUGCGGAGAAGAAUUGGAUUUUCCGGUGCCGAAAUCGAAGUUAACACAUUCUCUGAAGCAGCUAAUUUCGUGUUCGAAUUUUCAACAUUAGAAACGAAAAGAAUGUGAAAGAAUGAAUUAUCGAUGAAUAUUGAAUAAUUACGAGUUUUAUCUUUUCGUUUCAGCUUAGUCGUGUAGUUAGUUUAGCAGGGGCGAAAUGCUACCUUCAAUACAACUAGAGAAAUCCCGACUCGUCGGAUCGAUGUAACUCGUACGACAUGUAUAGAGGCAACGAAGUCGUCACUUAUAAGCAAGUUACUCUUAUUUUUUUUUUUUUUUAAUUGCCCUUACUCUUUCAAUAUUUUACCACCAAUAAUUGGAACCUUUUGAAUUCAGUUGAUUCCGCA